UCUGUCGUAAUGUUCGUGGAACAUUCUGAACCGAACGUGGCGGCCAGUUCAAAACGUUCGAUCAUAUCCAUGCUUUAGCGAUUGUGUUUUCAUUUUGUGCUGUUUCUGUAGAAUUAAUAAUUUUGUAAUAAGUGUGUAACUGCAUCGGAAGCAAUUCUUUUGGAUUACACUGAAAAUUAAAGACCAGAAAUAUUUGGAUAUAUUGAUUCCUCGAAAAACACGAUACUUUGCUGAUACUGAUGACCUUUGAUUAUCAAGCACGAAAGCUUUAACAUGAGACCCCCGCGAGACGGGAACUGUCCUGUGCACAAUCGUCUGCUUGCUCAACAACAUCCUGCAGCAUCAUGAUCAAAUAUAUAUGCUUUAACAUCCAGCUACAAAAUUUGUCUUUGGAACUCUCUACGAAAAGCAACUUUGAAGGACUUAUGAUGUACUGCACCCUAGCACCAGGAUAAAAUUUGAGAAUUAAUAUAGACUAGGAAAAGUAAUUUACACAUUCGUCUUCUUACUGUGAAACAUAACUUAUUUCAAUGUUUAGUUGCUUAAACUGUAAUAACAUUCGGUGUAGUUGACAGUGUUUGUGUGAUUAGUAUGUCUCUGUACGGAGAGGAGAGAUUUUAUGAGAGUCUGAAGAAAGAACCCGAAGACCGAGACAGUGAUGACCAUCAGAUAAUUUAUUCUUAUCUCCAUGGGUUGGAGGCUUUGUCAUCACUUAGGGAAGCUUCACUUCGGACUCUAUGCAAAACUAUCCGCUACGAGGCUUAUGAAGCCAACGAUAUUCUCUACUGCCGAGGAGAACUCAGUACAUGUUGGUUUAUACUCCUGUCUGGAUCUGUCUUCAUCGAUGGCUCCAUGUAUCUUCCUCGCAGCAG